GCCAGUGAGUGUGGCGACAUCAUGAAAAGCAAGACAACGCAUUCAUUCGUAACAUCGCGAGUCAGUGACAAGUAGACAAUUGGUUUUGGAGUAACGAAAAAAUUUUAUUCAAUUCCUGACGAAGUUGGCCAAUUAUUUUUCAGUUUUUUAAUGAAUAGUUCGCGUAAGUAAGUUCCAUUCGUAAUAUUGAAAGUAUUUUUGUCAGAAAAUAGUGUUUGUGCCAGUUAAGGAAGAAAUAAAAAUAUUACAAGGAAGUGACUGAGGAAGGAAGAAAGAAAUUAUAUAUUAUUGAAAAAUUAAAUUAUAAUGGUUCAACAAUACCAAUCACCCGUACGGGUUUACAAGCAUCCGUUCGCACUUGUCAUGCUGGCUUAUGAAAGAAGAUUUCCCACGUGUCCACAAAUACCAGUCUUUGUGGGCUGUGAGGUGUUAAAAGAUGAAGAGAGCCAAGGAGGUGCAAUAAGAACUACUGAAAGAAGAUGUAAACUUAAUGUUGAAGCUCCAUAUAUAUUAAAGAAGAUCAUUGGAGUUGAUUAUGUGUACUUUGUACAAAAAAAUGUCUUGGAUAGACGUAGUAGUGUACUGGAGAUUGAAGCAUGGAAUGAAAGCUUUUCCAACAAAGUUACUGUUAUAGAAAAAUGUAGAUAUUUUAUUCAUCCAGAAAAUUCAGAAUGGACUUGUUUCGAACAGACAGCCAGUUUAGAUAUAAAAAAUUUCUUUGGCUUUGAGAACUCGAUGGAAAAGUUAGCUAUGAAACAAUAUGCUCAAAAUAUAGCCAAGGGUAAAGAAAUUAUUGAAUAUUUUAUUAAUGAAUUAAAAGAACAAGGAAUCACUUAUGUGGCACCUUGGGUAGAACCACAACAGCCAGUUCCAAAUGAAGAAAAAACUAAUGAGACUGAAGAAAACAACGAUGACAAUGCGGAAGCAACAGCCGAGACAAAAUUGCCAAGUAGUAAAGAGAUAAAAUUGUCAUCUGAUUAUAUAGAAAGAUAUCUUGGUAAACUAGAUUUAAUGCAAGAGAGUAAAUUAUUGCAAUUACGUCAAAGCAUUCAAGAAUUACGUGGUGCAUCCGUACCCAAUGACGCAACGCUUUUACGAUUUCUUCGCGCCCGAGAAUUUAUGGUUGAUAAGGCUAAAGAAAUGUUAACGCAAUCACUUCAUUGGCGUAAAAAGUAUCAAAUUGAUAAAUUAUUAGAUGAAUAUGAAGCACCACAGGUUGUUAAGGAUUAUUUUCCUGGUGGAUGGCAUCAUUCUGACAAAGAUGGUCGACCACUUUAUAUUUUACGGCUGGGGCAAAUGGAUGUCAAAGGUUUACUUAAAUCGAUCGGUGAAGAUGAAUUAUUACUACUAGCUCUACAUAUAUGCGAAGAAGGACUGUCUUUAAUGGAAGAAGCUACAACUAUUGUAGGGCACCCAGUGUCUCAAUGGUGUCUGUUAAUUGAUCUUGAAGGACUAAAUAUGCGUCAUUUGUGGAGACCUGGAAUUAAGGCUUUAUUGAGAAUAAUAGAAAUUGUCGAGGCUAAUUAUCCUGAAACGAUGGGAAGAGUUUUAAUUAUUCGUGCUCCAAGAUGUUUCCCUAUAUUAUGGACACUUAUUAGCACUUUCAUACAUGAAAAUACUCGAAACAAAUUUAUAUUCUACUGCGGAACUGAUUAUCAAGAGCAAAAUGAAGGCGGAUUAACUGACUACAUUGACGCAGAAUACAUUCCAGAUUUUCUUGGUGGACCAUCAGAGACUUGCGUCAUGGAAGGUGGAGUAGUACCGAAAAGUUUAUACAGGCUGGACCUCGAGGGUGCAUCUAACGAUCAUGAACAUAGUCUCUAUCAUUCCAUAAGUCUAGGUCAUGGACAAACUCAUCACGUUGCUAUCAAUACUAAUGAUACUGGUGCUGUUUUGACCUGGGACUUUGAUGUAAUGCGUCAUAACGUCAUUUUUACCGUUUUGAGAGAAACUAAUGAAAGUCCACUCAUCAAUCAACCACUAGAGAUUACUGAUACUGAUGAAUCUAAAGAAUGGAAAGAGGGUAUUAAUUGUAUUAAAGUUGAGUCUAGUGUCGUUUGUCAUGAUGGAGAAAGUAUCCAGGGAACACAUAUCAUUCAAGAACCAGGAACUUAUGUUCUACAGUGGAAAAAUCCAGAUGAAGGUGAAUUCUUACCAUCAAUUAGUGCACAUAAAGCUCAGCUGAUGUAUUUCUACGAAGUAUUACCUUCUGCGCAUUAUCGGGGAUCAGUGAUGAGUUUACAAUCAGCUGUGAGCGGCCGUUCAGUAGCAAGUUCGUCACUGUCCAGAUGAGAGACAGAUAAUACUGGACAAGGAAGCAGUAUUGAUCCGAACUUUACUACGUAAGAGAAAUAUUAAA